CCGCCACCUCCGCCGUUGGACGAUAUUCCACCUCCACCUCCACCUCCACCGCCGCUGGACGAUGUUCCUCCACCGCCUCCACCGCCUGACCUCGAAACGACGCCUCCUCCGCGGUCCUUAGCUUCGUAUCUGCCCCCACGUCCUCCACCACCUCCACCCAGCGAAAAGCGAAAGCUGGCAGCUCCAAAGCAAGAGCCGCUCAGUGUAGAAGAGCUUCUGGCGAAGAAGAAAGCUCGAGAUGCAGCGGCCGCGAAACCCAAGUUCCUCUCCAAAAAAGAGCGUGAGAAAUUGGCGCAAGAGAAGGCACAGAAGGAGGCCGCCGCGUUGAAGAAGGACCAGCCUGUACCUGUUGCGACGCCUGCGACAAAUGGUCACGCUGUUCACAACGGUCAGAAUGGUCACAACGGAGUCCCGAGCGGUCCACGAUCGAUGCGCAAUGGACAUGCUCCGGCAGGUCCCUCUGUAACGCGCCCGUCGCUGUCAGAGAAAGGUUUCGAUACGCUCCCACCGCCGCCACCUCCGCAACGAUCAGAUCGAGAACCAGACAACGCCAAGCUGAAGAAGAAGAAUCACAACCAGAGCGAGUCGGAAGUCGCAGCGGAGCUGAUCAAGCAGCGUUACAUGGGAGCUGAACAGAACGUGUCCACUUUCUCAGCUAAGAACAAGCGAAAGCGUACGACGGAGAAGAAGUUCAACUUUGAGUGGAACGCGGAGGAGGACACCAGCCCAGAUUACAACCCGUUGUACAACGUUCGAUCGGAAAACAACUUCUUCGGACGUGGCAAGCUGGGUGGAUUCGCAGAUGAUGCCAACGACACCGCUGCGAAGCAAUACGCACGGGCGAUUGAAGAGCGCGAUCCUGACGCCGGCAGCAGGAGAGCUGCCGAAAUGCUGGAAAUGGAGAAGCGGCGGAGAGAGGAGGGAGGUAGAAACGGCAUCGACAAGCAUUGGAGCGAGAAGAGACUCGAGCACAUGCGUGAACGAGACUGGCGUAUCUUCAAGGAAGACUUUAACAUUGCCACCAAAGGCGGAGCCAUUCCAAAUCCAAUGCGAAGCUGGGAAGAGUCCGGUCUGCCUAAGAGACUGCUGGACAUCGUCUACGAUGCGGGCUACGUGGAGCCAUCUGCUGUUCAACGAGCUGCGAUUCCCAUCGCACUUCAGUCGCGCGACCUCAUAGGUGUGGCCGUGACCGGUUCAGGUAAAACAGCAGCUUUCCUCCUCCCUCUCCUCGUCUACAUCUCCAACCUCCCGCCUCUCGACGAAAUGACCAAGAACGACGGUCCCUACGCCAUCAUUCUCGCACCCACCCGCGAACUCGCGCAACAGAUCGAGCUUGAGGCAAAGAAGUUCGCCACACCUCUCGGGUUCACCUGUGUGUCUCUCGUCGGAGGACAUUCCAUCGAAGAACAGUCGUACAACAUGCGCGACGGCGCUGAGAUCAUCAUCGCCACGCCCGGUCGUCUUGUCGACUGUAUCGAGCGCCGCGUCUUGGUCCUCUCCCAAUGUUGCUACAUCAUCAUGGAUGAAGCCGACCGCAUGAUCGACCUGGGGUUCGAAGAACCCGUCAACAAGAUCCUCGACGCGCUCCCCGUCUCCAACGAGAAACCCGACUCAGACAUCGCCGAGGAUCCCGACGCCAUGGCCAAGCACACCUACCGCCAGACCAUGAUGUACACUGCCACCAUGCCUCCAGCCGUGGAACGCAUCGCUCGCAAAUAUCUUCGGCGCCCCGCCACAGUAACUAUCGGAAAUGUGGGCGAAGCCGUCGACACCGUCGAGCAGCGCGUCGAGUUUGUCCCUGGGGAAGACAAGCGCAAGAAACGCCUGGCUGAGAUCCUGCACUCUCGCGAGUUCGCUGCGCCAAUCAUCGUGUUCGUCAACGUCAAACGCGCCUGCGAUAGUCUCGCGCGCGACAUUCAGAAAAUGGGUUUCCAGACAGUCACCUUACACGGUAGCAAGACGCAAGACCAGCGUGAAGCGGCGCUGGCUUCCCUCCGCAAUGGGCAAACCGAAGUCCUCGUUGCCACGGACCUGGCGGGUCGCGGUAUCGACGUGCCAGACGUAUCGCUCGUCGUCAACUUCAUGAUGUCGCACAAUAUCGAAGCGUACACGCAUCGUAUUGGACGUACGGGUCGUGCGGGUAAAGAAGGUGUGGCGAUUACGUUCUUGGGCAAUGAGGAUGCGGAUGUCAUGUAUGAUCUUAAGCAGAUGAUUGGGAAGAGCAAGAUUUCGAGGCUGCCGAAUGAGUUGGCUAAGCAUGAGGCGGCCCAGCAGAGGAGUAAGGGCAAGAGGGAUAGGGGUGGUGGAGCGAUUGAGGAAAGCGGUGGUUUCGGAGGGAAGGGUGGCUGG